UGUCGAAAGGUCACAUGACCUGGGUGUGCGCUAUUGUAGGAAAGACGGUACACCUGCCUAAUUUGAAACGUACAAACGAACCUGUUGAUGUGAAAUUAGAGUAAGUUUUUAGAUAAACCAACCCUGGAUAUACUUUAAACAAGAAGUUUAUUACGAUCAAUUAAGUUAAACUGAAGGCGGUUGACCGCGGAAUAAGAUGACCUGACUUCGAUCAGACCUGUCAAUAAAACUAGGAAGUGAGUGGGACUCGGUGUCGACGCGCGGCCAUCUCUACCCAUGUCUACAUGACUUACAUUGAUCUGUCUUUAAAGGUGAUACAUGUUGUGUAUUUGUAUAAACCUCGGUGCGAUGUACAGAGUUAAGUGAGGUUUGCGAUAAAGUCAUUUGAUUCGGGUUGCGUUUGAUCGCAGGAAGACUGAACUCACGCAGGUGUUGACACAAGUAUCAGGAUGAAUGACUCGAGUGAGGCUUUCAGUACACUGUCAGUGGAUUUGGAUAAAAACAUGAACGAUUCAGCCUCUCUGUUGUCAUACUCAAUGCUAAUGUCAAACACGACCGACAUGUCUAACCUAACAGUCAUCAGGACCGGUAAUAGGACUGAAAUCGUGGGGGAUGACCAGAUCUUCCUCAACACCGCCACUGCUCAAGCUUUGUCUGGAGUUUUCGUUUGGUCGGCGCUCCUCAUCACCUGUCACCAGAUCUACUCGCACCUGAGGUCUUACACGGUACCUAACGAGCAGCGCUACAUUAUCCGCAUCCUCUUCAUCGUCCCCAUCUUUGCGUUUGACUCCUGGCUCAGCUUGCUGCUCAUCAGUAAUGACCAGUAUUACGUCUAUUUCGACUCUGUUCGAGACUGCUAUGAAGCAUUUGUCAUCUACAACUUCCUGAGCCUGUCUUUUGAGUAUCUUGGAGGAGAGAGCGCCAUCAUGUCGGAAAUAAGAGGGAAGUCCAUUGAGUCCAGUUGUCUAUAUGGCACGUGCUGCCUUGUAGGAAUGAGUUACUCCAUUGGCUUCCUGAGGUUCUGCAAACAGGCCACGCUGCAGUUCUGUGUGGUGAAACCCAUCAUGGCCGUCAUCACCAUCCUCCUCCAGGCUUUCGGCAAAUAUCACGAUGGAGAUUUUAAUGUAACAGGAGGUUACCUCUACAUCACCAUCGUCUACAACAUCUCUGUCAGUUUGGCUCUCUACGCCCUUUUCCUCUUCUACUUCACCACCAGUGACCUGUUGAGAGCUUAUGAACCUGUGCUCAAGUUCCUCACCAUCAAGUCUGUUAUUUUCCUGUCGUUCUGGCAAGGUAUGGUUUUGGCUAUUCUGGAACGUUGUGGCGUGAUCCCUGAAGCUCUGUUGAUAGAUGGACACAAGGUGGGUGCUGGCACAGUGGCGGCCGGCUGGCAGAACUUCAUCAUCUGCAUUGAAAUGUUCUUUGCCGCCAUCGCCCUCCGCUACGCCUUUACCUCCAGCGUGUACCAGGAGAAGAAGAGUCAAGAACCAGAGAACGUAGCACCCAUGCACAGCAUCUCCAGCGGCCUGAAGGAAACCAUAAACCCUGGUGACAUGGUCCAGGACGCAAUACAUAACUUCUCACCGGCAUAUCAACAGUACACCCAGCAGUCCACCCAGGAAGUCGUGCAGCCCAACGUGAACGGCAAAGCAGGAGUCAGCACCACAAAGAGUUCAAAAAAAUCGGACAAAGUGAUGCUGAUCGACACAGAUGAUGAGUUCUAGUUCUUCAUCAAUCCUGAGCUCUAUAUUUAAUCCCAAAAGCCAAACAUGACUCAUUUUGACUGAAAAAAAGACAUUAAUAAUGUAAAUCUGCUAAUGAUUCUUUAAAAAAAAGAGCUCGGAAUGAACGCUUUCUGGAACGGUUAAUUUCUCACUCUCUGCUCAUUGUUUUGGAUCUCCGAUGUACCCCCAGAUGAUCUUGCCCUGUAAUGGUCGUUGUAAUGGCGCUGUAAUGGCGUCCCUUCUCAUUCAAAACCAUUCUUAUGAUGCAUGCCUGAUAAAAGUGAGGCAUCAGGAGCCGUUCAGACGGCAUAAAUCUGGGACUGGCAAUUUCGAAAGCCGUUAUUGCGUCUGCCCGUUUGAAGUAUUUGCUCAGCAGCCCUUUGCUGGGUCUCAAGACGAAUCGAACCGGCUUUCACAGACUUUGGAACUUGCACUUCAAAAUGUUGUCUGCGGCUCUUUGAAUGCUUUGUAUCAGUCGUGCCAUGCAGACGUCGAUUGAUUUGGAGACUCAUUCAUUCAAGCCUUCGAAGUUUGCAGGAUCUGAUGCAAAAAAAGGCGAUACUGCUGUCAUCGUGUAUUUAAAUUGCAAAUAAAUCGUAUUCAGCCAUUGGAUGGUUAAAGCUUUAAUUUAUGACGUUGGGUUUUAAUUGUAUAGGUUUUAAAGGGGAACGUUAAUGUUAAAUUAUGUUUGGUUAUCGACUGUUAAAAAAAUUAAAGGGCAUUUUUAUAUUAGCCACAUUAUGUGAUAAGCUACCUUACGAUAUGUUUCUCUAUACAAUAUUUUGGUGUUUUCACAUCAUUUAGUGGUUGAAACCAUUAAUAUACCAUCAAAGUUAUGUAUUUAGUCAAGUAUCACACAGAGUUAUUGAAAAGUAGGGAUGUAACGAUUCACGAUUCUGAUCUCACGAUGCGAUUUAUUCACGAUUUAUUUUUACAAAAUGAGUUGAAACAAAUUAGAAAUGAACAACUUCCCUUUGCAUUAUUUCUUAAAUGCUUCACGUUUCUUUGUAUAAUAAAAUUGUUUUAUUUCAAAUAACAAAACUAAACUGCAAUUUUAUAACAAAUUAAUAAUAGAAAAAGUCUCUUUAAUAUAAACAAACUAAUACUGUCUGUGCUUUUCUUGGAAUUUUUUGCAUUUAAGAAAUAUCAGCAUGUCCACGUUUAGGUUUGCAGUGAACAUGGCGGCCCCUGCUGUUCAGAAAAUGUAUUGCGAUUCAGUUCACACCUCAACCGAUUUGAAUCGUCACACAUUAUAAUCUAUUUUCAACCGGCUCACGGUGAAUGUUACAUCCCUAUUGAAAAGUGUAUAUAUAUUUACUACUUGCACAACGUGUAAAGUCUUUUUCAGUCCUUCAAAAAAAUGUAAUGGGUUCUAAAAUUUGAAGAUGACUUCUGGAUUGUGGUUGAAUACGAAAUUGUUUUCAUGAUGCUGAUAUUCUUUUGAUAUCUGUAAGGAUCUUGUUGCUCUCUUCAAAGUCCGCUAAUCUAUGAAGGAGCCAUGUAUAUCCCCUAUUGAAGCAAUAUUAGAAGGUGGCAUUAAGUGACUCCUCAAUCUAACAAGUAAGACUUGUGCCAAUGAUUGCUGCCUUAUAAAUGUGGAGGAAGGAAAUGAUGUAAUAACAUCUACUUUGUACUGUAUGUCCUGACCUGUCAUCUGUCAAAAUAUAAUGCGUCUAUAUAUAUAUAUAUAUAUAUAUAACUGAACAUUAUAACU